AUGGUGUGGAGGUGGCUGCCCUGCCCAAGCCAUUGCAGCAUGGAGGGGCCGAGCGCCCGCAGCGUCUUGGUGACGGGCUGCGAUGGGGGCAUGGGGCUGGAGCUGCUCAAACGCUUCCUGGAGCUGCCCACCCCACCACAGUGGCUCUUUGCAGCCUGCACCGACCCCGAUGGGAAGGCACUCAAUGAGAUGGCUUUGUGCAACCCCAGCGUCGUGAUCCUGCCUCUAGAUACGACAGACCCCAGCAGCAUCCAGGCUGCGGUGGGCAGGGUGCAGGAGGAGCUGCACGGUUCUGGCCUCAACCUCCUGAUCAACAGCGCCGGGGCCAGGCGUCACAGCACUCUGGCCACUGAGACAGCUGAAAACAUGGCCCUCAUCUACACCACCAACACCAUCGGGCCCCUGCAGAUCAGCCAGGCGUUCAUGCCUCUGCUGAAGGAAGCUGCAGAGGCACACAGUGGGCAGGGGUUGAGCUGUGGCAGAGCAGCCAUCAUCAACAUCUCCAGCGUCCUGGGCUCCAUCGAGGUGGUGGAGGCGUGGGCUGAGAGGCAGGACGUGUCCUACCGCUGCAGCAAGGCUGCUCUCAACAUGCUCACCAAGUGCCUGGCUCUGGAGUAUGGUGACAGCGGGAUCCUCUGCGUGUCCGUGGAUCCUGGCUGUGUGGUACCGCCACCAGGAGAUGGGAUGGGACCAGUGACGUUGGAAGAGAGCACCCAAGGCGUCCUGCAAGUCCUCGCCAACCUCUCCACCAACAGCAAUGGCACCUUCUGGGACUGGAAGGGACAGAGGCUGCCAUGGUGACCACAGCAUCCAUGUCCUCAGCUGCUGAGCUCAAUAAAAGCUGCUGAUGGCCGCAGACAGGCUUGUUUGAUGGAGUCAGGAAGCCCUAUAUGAUGGAGCCGCCAAGCUGGCAAAGGGUUGGACUUGGAAAGGGAUGGCCAUGAGGAUGAAUGUCCAUGGGGAAGGGAUGUGCAGGGUGAGGGGUGUCCACGGGGAAGGAUGUCCAUGGGUGGGAUGUCCAGGGAUGUCCAUGGGGAGGUGUAUAUGGGCAGGGAUAUUCACGGGGAUGGUUGUCCAAGGUGAGGGAUGUCCAUGGAGAGCGAUAUGGAUGGUGAGAAAUGUCCAUGGGGAAGGAUAGCUACUGGGAAGGGUGUCCAUGGGGGUUGACGUCCAGGGAGAGGGAUGUCUGUGGGGAGGGAUGUCCACUACAUACGGCAAGGGAUGCCCAUGGGGAUGAGCAUCCAUAGGAAAGGGGAUGUCUCCAUAUGGGGAGGGACGUCCAUCAUAGGAUGGCCAUGGGGAGGGAUGUCCACAGGGAGUGAAGUCCUUGGGGAGGAUGCUUAUUCUAUAGGGCAAACACAGACAUCAGGCUGGAUGGAGCCACCCACUGCUCUGAGCAGGAGCCCUGAAACCACAGCCCU